GACAUUGGUAUCAUGAAAUAUUAAAUUAUACUGACACAUUAAAGCCUCUCCUAUAUUCUGGUAACCCUAAAGACAGAGAUAGGCUCCGACCAAAGAUUCCUAACUACGACGUAGUCAUCAUGUCUUAUGAUAUUGUGCGUAACGAUAUUGAUGACUUGGCCAGUAUACAUUGGAAUUAUUGCAUCUUGGAUGAAGGCCACGUGAUAAAAAAUGGAAAAACAAAGAUUACUAAAGCAGUAAAGUCAGUAAAGGCUAAUCACCGACUAAUAUUAUCCGGAACACCAAUACAGAACAAUGUGCUGGAAUUAUGGUCGCUUUUUGAUUUCUUAAUGCCUGGAUUUUUGGGCACAGAAAAACAAUUUAACGAAAGAUUCGGAAAACCAAUAUUGGCCAGUAGAGACAGUAAAAGCUCAUCUAAAGAACAAGAGGCCGGCGCGCUUGCACUUGAGGCUUUACAUAAACAAGUGUUACCGUUUUUACUGCGUCGAUUGAAAGAAGAUGUAUUGAGUGAUUUGCCUCCUAAAAUUAUUCAAGACUAUUACUGUGAACUUAGUGAUUUACAGAAACAGUUAUAUGAACAAUUCGCUAAAUCGCAGGCUAAAAGUAAAGUUGAAAUUGAGCUUGAGACGGAGAUUGCAGAAGAUGAAGGAGAAAAAAAGAAGACACACACACACAUUUUUCAAGCGCUACAAUAUUUACGUAAACUAUGUAAUCACCCUUUACUUGUUGUCAAUAAUAAGCAUCCUCAAUACCGUACGGUUAUGGACCGACUCAAAUCUACAAAGACUUCAUUGCACGAUUUGGAAAACGCUCCAAAGUUGCUUGCAUUAAAACAAUUAUUACAUGAUUGUGGUAUUGGAACGUCCCAAGAUUCUGAAGAUUCACUUGGAGCUGGUGCCGUAAGCCAGCAUCGUGCGCUUAUAUUUUGCCAACUUAAGACUAUGCUUGAUAUCAUAGAAAAAGACUUGCUUGAAACUUACAUGCCUUCAGUAACUUACUUACGUCUAGAUGGAUCUGUGGAUGCUAACAAACGACACGGCAUUGUACAACAAUUCAAUAAAGAUCCAUCAAUUGACGUCUUGCUACUUACAACACAUAUCGUUAUUUUUGUGGAACACGAUUGGAAUCCGAUGAAAGAUUUGCAGGCAAUGGAUCGUGCUCAUCGUAUCGGACAAAAAAAGACUGUCAAUGUCUAUCGAUUAAUUACCAAAGGCACGCUAGAAGAGAAGAUUAUGGGAUUGCAAAAAUUCAAGCUUAACAUUGCAAACUCUAUUGUUAAUCAACAAAAUUCCGGGUUGCAAAGUAUGGACACUGAUCAAAUUCUUGAUUUGUUUAACGUAACUUCAGAUAGUAGUAAAGGCGCCCAACGUAAAAGUGCAAUGAUCACAGGCGAUGGUUCUGGUUUUGGAAAGGGAAAGAAAAUUUCGCCAAAAAACUUGGUUGAUGGAUUGGAAAAUUUAUGGGAGGCUUUAAUGU